AUGUUUCUGGUGGGAUUCAUUCUACUGCUCUGUGAUGGGGCUUUCUCUCAACUUCCUGGUUUUGGAGCUUGUCCAGAUGUGGAAGUGGUGCAAGAUUUCAAUAUGACAAUGUAUCUCGGUGAAUGGUUCGAAAUACAAAAAUAUGUUUCGUUUUCUGAAUUGCUGGAAAAAUGCGUAACUGCCAGCUACUCGAAAAACGAAGAUCAUUCAACCAAAGUUAUCUACAAGCAAAUGAACGUUUUAACUAGCAAACAAACAACAAUUGAAGCCUGGUCAAAUUUCGUUGACACUCCGCAAAUAGGAAAAUUUUAUGUUGAUAUUCCAGGUCAAAAACUUGCCGAACAUUUUCUUUUGGAUACAGACUAUCAUAACUAUGCUGUCGUUUUCACCUGCAAUGAUAUAGCACUUUUAAAUGCCGUAAGUGUUUGGAUUUGGGCCAGACAACGAAAGCCAUCAGUAGCGGUCCUCGAGAAGGCUUAUAAAGUUCUUGACAAGUACAAUCUGAGCAGAAGUGCAUUAAUCAAAACGGAUCAGAAAAAAUGUCCGAAUGAGUCUAAGAAACACUUAUGA